GCCAGAUUUCAACUUAAAAUUAAAGUGCCUUCGCACUUUGCUAUCAAACGACUUUGAUAUUGUAGCAAAACCUUCGCUGCUAAUCACCUUGGAGAAGAAAAGAAGAAAGCGGUUCGAAUCUAGCAGAAUAUCAAACUAAUUUUUAACCGCGAUGUGAACUUUCGACCAGGUUUACACAUUUGAUGUGAUGUGUGAUCAGCAAAAGUAGAGAUAAAAAGUUCAAGCGAAAGGAGGGAAAUCUAGUAUAUAUCCAAGUGACAUUUUACAAAAAAGGGUCCAGAAGUUACCCAAAUAUGUGGUGGUCCUGUUGUGAAUUGUAGUUUUUUCUUUUUUUUUUUUUCGUAACGAUCCAAGUUUUGAGAAAUAAUAUUGUUCUUAAUUCUUAAUAAGUGGAUUGUUAAAAUGGAUUUUGAAAACAAACCUUUAGACAAUUCGGAAAAGUCUUUCCUUCAACCAGUUUUAACAGUAAACGCAUCAUCAAAUGGUAAUGGAAAAUAUACAGUUCAUACAACAAAGAGAUCAGCUACUAAACAGGUUUUGUUGGGUCUCGUUGCAAAUUUCACGUGUGUGGCGCCCAGCAUGAGCCUAGGAUUUUCAGCUAUCGUCCUUCCUUAUCUUUUAGCAAAAGAUAAUCCUUACCAGCUUACCCCCAGUCAAGGCUCUUGGGUUGCCAGUGUUGCUUCGAUCGCCACCCCCUUGGGCUCAUUUUUAUCAGGCCCUUUAUCAGACAGAUUUGGUAGAAAAUUGACUUUCAUAUGCGUUCACAUUAUUUGCUGUCUGGGAUGGUUUGUGAUAGCUGCAGCCUACAAAAUACCGGAUUAUCAGUAUCCGAUACUGAUAGUGGGCCGACUAAUAACAGGGCUGUCGACAGGGGUGGCUAGCAUGCCACCCUCCGUGUACAUCGCAGAAAUAUCCAGCCCCAAACUGCGGGGCAUGUUUACAACUUGGAGCAGCAUAUUUUUCUCGAUCGGCGUAUUAAUCGUUUACUUAUUGGGAUAUCUCAACAAAGAGGAUUGGUUCGUGACCGCAAUCAUUUCUGGAAUAAUUCCCCUUGUGGGAAUUCUUCUUGUUCACAUUUUUAUCGUCGAAUCUCCCACAUGGCUUAUAUCUGUUGGUGAAUGCAACAAAGCAAAGCAAAGCAUGUGCCACUUGUACUCUACCAAAAUCUGUACCCCUCCCAUCCAGCAAGAGAUCAAUACCAUCAUCACUUCCAGGCAAAAGAUUCAAGCAGCUAUAGAAGCCAAAUACUCCCAUCUCGAGAACCCAUCGAGAACAGCCAUAUUCUUUUCAAAUCUAAAGUAUUUCACUGGACCAACAUGUCUCAAACCGUUCAUCUUAAUGCUGGGGUUCUUCUUCUUUCAGCAGUUUUCUGGUACUUUCGUAAUUAUCUUUUACGCGGUCAGCAUCAUUCAGGAAGCGGGUGUUUUGAUGGAUGCUUUCAUCGCUGCCGUCAUAAUAGCUUUUACACGACUUGUAGCGGCCGUUUUGGUCGGAUUUGUCAGUAAAAGUUACGGCAGAAGGCCACCAACGAUAAUAUCCGGGUCCGGUAUGACCAUCUCCAUGCUCCUGCUUGGAAGUUACGUUUUGGCCAAGUCCCAAGACCUGCUCAGUGACGCUGUUAUAUCGAAAUUUAACUUCUGGCUUCCCAUGACCCUUCUAACAGUCUACAUCUUCACGAGCACCUUGGGAUUCUAUGCGAUACCGUUCGCAAUGACAGCCGAACUGUUUCCGGCGAAAGCUAGGGGCAUGGCUUCGGGGUUGUUGACGUGCGUCGCGUAUACAUUCAACUUUAUAACUGUGAAAUUUUUUCCGAACAUGGUGAAAACGAUGGGAUCUUAUGGGGUUUUCUUCCUCUUUGGAGCCUUCUCGCUGGCUGGUACGAUUUUUGUGGUCCUUUGUCUGCCAGAAACGAAAGGGAAAACGCUGGAAGAGAUUGAAGAAUAUUUUGGAAAGAAGAAGACAAAACAAGCGACCGAAAAGUCCCUUAUGAUCAAUCACGAUCCAUAAUGUAUUAUUAUAUAUGUAUAUGUAUGUAACGUGUAGCAAAAGUCAUUGCCACACUAGAGAUGUGUUUAUUUCAGACUCGCAUCCGUGUAAAUAACUGUGAUAUUUAUUAUUUUAACAUCCAUAAACAAAAUUACGAAUUU